AUGAAGAUACCUAAGGGAUUUGUCAACCAGAGGGAGAAUGAAGGCAAGAGUUCCUUAGACUAUUCCUUAUUUACAAAGAAGCAAGACAAAAAAAUAGUGGUCAUUCUUGUAUAUGUGGAUGACAUGCUAAUUACUGGUAAUGAUCUGACACUCAUGGAAGAAAUCAAGAAGCAAUCAUAUCAGCCCUUCAUGCUUAAGGAUUUGGGUGAGUUGAUGUAUUUCUUGGGCAUUGAGUUUUGUAGAUCUCACAGAGGAAUCAUGAUGAACCAGAGAAAGUAUAGCGUGGAGCUCAUAUCAAAAAUGGGGUUGAGUGCAGCUAAGCCAAGCUGGACACCUUUAGAUUGCAAUCAAAAACUCACAACUACUGAGUUGGAUGAAGUUGCAGGAUCAAGUAGUGAUGAACCACUGGAAGAAAAAGGACAGUAUCAAAGGUUGAUUGGCAAGUUGUUGUAUCUAACCUUGACCAGGCUAGACAUUGCCUUUGCUGUUCAGACGUCAGUUUAUGCAAAAUACAAAAAGGUCACACUGGGAAGCAGCCAUAAGGGUAUUUAA